UUUUAGAGAAUACCAUUAAUGAUCUGAAAGAAAAGCAUCAUACGCUUGCAAUGGAUUCCUACAACUACAAAACUGAUUCAGAGAUCACCAUUAAUAACCUGAAGAAACAACUGGCAGAGGCUUGUUUACCACAAAACCUGCAGGAACAAAGUAGCCAACCUGCUGCAGAACUGAGUGCAGAGCCUUCCUGCCGAGCCACGAAGGCUUCACAGACUGACUUCAAAUCUGCCAAAAUGGCUGACCUUGAGCUCAAGUGUGGCAAACAACAAGCGCAGAACCAACAGCUCCAACAGCAGCUCCAGGAAUCUCAGAGACAACUGGAGGAGCAGGCAAUUCAACACAGACAGGAGCGAGAGAAAUUCCAGUCUGAAAUGAAUGAGGUAAAAUCCCUGCUCGCUAACUACAAGGACCUUCAUGCUUUCUACCUAAAAAUCAUGAAGGAGGAGAAUGAAGAAAAGAGCAGCAUGGGAACUCGACUGGAAAAAGCAGAGGCAGAGAAGGAAUUACUGCCGCAGACUGUGGAGCCUCUGCAGAAAAAGCAAGGCACAGAGCAAGGAAAGGAAGGAAAAGUGGACUUGGUGCCGCAGACUUCCUUGUCUCUGCAGGAGCCUGCCGAAGAGAAGCAAGGCAUGGAGCAAGGAAAGGAAGGAAAAGUGGACUUGGUGCCGCAGACUUCCUUGUCUUUGCAGGAGCCUGCUAAAGAGAAGCAAGGCACGGAGCAAGAAAAGGCAGGAAAAGGAGACUCACUGCUGGAAACUGUGAGAUCUUUGCAGGAGUCUUUGAAAACAAAACAAGGAAAUGAGAAGAUCCUCAUCGCCAAGCUGGAGAAGCUUGAGGAACAACCCAAACAGAAGAAGAAGAAGCGCAAUUGGCUGCUUAGGCUCUUCAACAGAAACAAGUCCUAAAAAUCUGAUUUUUUUGUCCUAAAAAUCACAUUUAUACACAGCUAAAUAUGUCAGUGAACGUCUCAGUGGUACGGUAACAAAUCAUUCCUUUUUUCCAUCACGCCCCCCCAACCAGCCACGGCAGAUGGCUGCCCCUCCCUGAGCCUGGUUCUGCUGGAGGUUUCUUCCUGUUAAAGGGAGUUUUUCCUCCCCACUGUCGCCAAGGGCUUGCUCAGAGGGGAUCUUCUGAUUGUUGGGGGGGCUCUUUAAACCAACCACUGAUCAGAUCACUGGCAUUAAAUUUCAGACUCAGCAAAUAUGUAAACGGAUGACUCCUCACAAUCAUGACAUUACACUGUCAUGAUGUCAGGAAUCAUCCAUUUAAAACAUCUUUGCUAAGUCACGUUUGGUUAUUUAUAAAUAUGACUUUUAGGACCC